AUGGAUUAUUUGUCGCAUGCCAAGAAGUUGCUCUUUGGCGACUCUUCUUCUGCUAGCUCGCCUGCUGCAAAAUCGAAUGAACCACAAAAGACUGGACUCGACGGAGCAGUUAAUUCACUAGUCAGAGCGGCUAUAGGAGGAGCUGCGUUGGCAGAAGAUGAUGUUGAAAAAUAUCUUGCCCAAAUGAUUAUGAAGGAAGCUCAAGCCAAAAAGAAAAAAUAUGAAGAAAUUGGCAUCUCGGCGUAUACGGAAGCUGAUCGAAACACACUCAAGCCCAAUAAACGAUUCAUGAAGACCGUCAUUCAGCAAACCGACAAUCACAAUAAGGCCCUACUCAGACAAAUACGUGAUAACUCGGACAAGAGACUACGUGAUCUAGAUGGAGAGGCAAUGAGUUCCACUAAUGGAAGCAAGAUGAGAGCAUGGUCAGACUCUUCAGAUGCAGAAUAUGAUAUGGCAGAACGAGAUGCUGAAGAUAUAGAACAGGGACAUGGCCGGUAUGAUGAUGAGAUACGACGAUCUGGACGACCUAAACGUAAACCAUCACCAAGUCCAGAAGACCACCACAACGAUGACGACGACGAGUAUACUAGUAAACGCCGUAACGAGUCUAGUAGAUCGAGUCCUCCUAUAGGCACUGGACAGAAAAAGAGGAGGCGGAGAGACGAAAGUGAGGAACAACCAGACCAACGUGACCAUCACCACCAUCGAAAACGAACACCACCAUCAUCACCUCCAGCACAACCUAUCGAAAAGGCAUCUGUAUUAGCCAAACCAACCCACCACCAUAAUAGCAGCAAGGUCGUCAAAGGUCGUGGUGCAUUAGGCUCCUCACGCCUCGACAAAUACUUUAGACCAGACUAUGAUCCUCGUCUAGACAUGGACAACUUUGAUGACUCGAAUCUAGGCGUCUAUGUAGAAGCGCUGGAAGAUCUUGGAGGUGCAACCGCAGCAGCCAAGCAAAGUGAAUCUGAAAAUGACGACGGUGGUACUGUGAAACGAAAAUCUGACAGUAGCUCCAAAAAGCAUAAAAAUAGCCACAGUAGUCGCAGCAAAUCACAUAAAAGCAAGUCAAAGAAAUCGAAAUCACACAAGUCCAGUAGAAGACGAGAUGAUAGUGACACCGACGACAACAGUUGUGUCAAUGAUCGACGGCCGCCAUCUAUAGACGAUAGUGAAGAAGAUGAAAUACUGGAACGAGAACGAAAAGAGGAAAAGAGACGAGAACGUAAAGAACGUAAACGAGACAAGAAAAAGUCAAGAGAAAAAUCAGACGACAGCAGUAGUGAUGACAGGCCCCGUAGCAAGAAAAAGUCAUCGAGUAGCAGUAAGAAACACACUGAAGAAUCGGAACGGGUCGAUAGUGAAGAUGAUGAUCAUAGAAGACAUGGUGACGACGAUUCUGACGCCAGGCGUCAUCAGCAAGCUGCGAGAGACGAUCUACCUGUAGCCUGUCCUUGGUAG